UAUCUAUUCUUAUCCCUUGCUUCGGACAGCAGUUAACCACUUUGCCCCCAAAAUAUCGUAUUCUUUAAGAUAGGAAAACAAUAUAAAACAACAAAUACACAAUGGAGAAGAAAAAAUCCCCAAUUCCAACGGUGAAUUGAGUGAGAAAUAUUAGGAAAAUAGAAAGAAAAAAGAAAAAGAAAAAAAAAAAAAAAAAAGAUUGGCACUUUCCUUCUCUCUCUCUCUCUCUCCCCCUUUGUACUUCCCCCAACUUCUAUCUAACCUGAACUCGUUGAUUCUAUAAUGAAAAUUCGUCCAAAAGUAUUGAAUGAAUGAAUUCCGUUGUAAUUUAAUUUGAGCGAUCAGUUGUUGAUUUAGAUCGUGACAAGUUAGAUUUUUUUUUUUGAAAAUUGGUGGCUCGUAUUAAAUUAAUUAUGGGAUUGGGAGAUGCGGAUCUUCCCGACGACGGCGGCGGCGGCGGAGGAGGAGGAUUCAAAGCGAUGCCGGCGGUGGUGUCGUGCUCCAUUUGCUUGGAGGCGGUGACUGACGGCGGCGAUAGAUCUUGGGCUAAGCUCCAGUGCGGCCAUCAAUUCCACCUCGAUUGCAUAGGUUCAGCAUUCAAUGUUAAGGGGGCAAUGCAGUGUCCCAACUGUCGUAAAAUUGAGAAAGGGCAAUGGCUAUAUGCUAAUGGUAGUCGUCCAUUACCUGAGUUUAGCAUGGAUGAUUGGGCCCACGAUGAGGAUUUAUAUGAUCUAAGUUAUUCUGAAAUGUCAUUUGGAGUCCAUUGGUGUCCAUUCAGUGGAUUAACAAGGGGUCAUUCAUCUUUUGACGAUGGAGAGUUUUCAUCAAGUGGAUAUCACGACCUCGUUGGACACCACGCCGUAUUUACCGAACACACCCCUGUUUCAUCGACAGCUCAUCCUUGCCCAUACGUUGCUUAUCUGGGUCCAAUUCAUCCAUCUUCAUCCACAUCAAACGGCGGCACUAUUUCAGAUGGGUCGAGUUUUAGUAACCACUGGAGCGGCGGCGGAGGCCCGUCAGUUCAGAGCGACGUGCCGAAUGCAUACGCUUUCCCACCAAUGGAUGUACAUUAUCAUAAUUGGGACCAUUCGUCUUCUCCUUUCGCUACAACUAACCGAAUCGGUGUUUCAGAACCACCCUUGCUUCCAUCUAUCACUCAACGAACAGCCAGAAACACCUCCGAUAUGCAGAGAAGUGGAGUGCACCCCUUCAUUCUUGGUCAUAGUUCUGGUAGUCGAGGCCCCAGCUCAGUGACGUCAUCAGUGCUUCCACCGUACCCUGGUACUGUUUCUCGUCCGCCGCGUGACCGCUCCUCUCUGCAAGCCUACUUUCACCAAUCAAAUAGUAGCAGCGCCCCGUCAGCAUUAGCACGCACCCCCGUUAAUGUUAUUACCACAGGACGAAGAUCCAAUAAUAAUAAUAAUAAUAAUAACAAUAAUAAUAAUAACAAUAAUAAUAAUAAUAAUAGGGCUUUAUUACCUCAAGUUGCCGUCCCUCCAUCUGCAGCAGAUCAUUCGAGUGGUUUUUACUUCUUCUCGUCAAAUUCAUCCGCCACUCGACCUUUCCAAGAUUCUGAGAAUCCCCACCGUGAUUUUUUUCAUGGUUGGGGAGAAAGGGAACAGCACCACCAGCAGACUUCUUUUCCGUCGAGCCAGUUUGAUAGGGAUUCAAUAUGGGGCCCACCGGCUGCAGGAUCUGAAACUAAUGGAGGGUUCCGAUCGAGCAGCAGUUUUCGCCAUAGGCAUGGAUCUGAGAGGAUGCCUCCCCCUUCUCAAAAUCGGUCAUAGUUUGGUUUUGUGUUAUUUAUUGUUCCUUUUGUGAUCUAAACUGUGACUGAAGAAAACCCGAAACUAUAUAUAAAUAUGUUUUAAGCGACGAUCUGUAAUUGUGUGGCACUGAAUUUAUCGUUUUUUAUCAUUAGCCACGGGCUUGUGUGAUGGACUUUUGGCUUCCUUUUGUUUCUGUGCCCUUUGUAGGGGGGAAUAAUUCACAUGUUUAAAGUUAAAUGGUUUUAAGUUUCAUUUUAAUG